CAGGCCUGGACUGGUCUUGUAUGUGUGAGUAACUUGGCAUUUUUGUACGUUGAAAACGUGUUUUUUAUGAGAUAUAUAAAACUCCGCCCAUCGAACAUUCAGUUCAGCCAGUAAGUGAGGAAAUGCGGUCCAAAAGAGAAACUGAAACUUAACGGUCCUUUCAAUAACGGAGGAGAAAGAAUCCCCAGGAAAAAAGGAAUUAAAUUAAAUGUAAAACGGAGUAAACAGUCUGUUGUGGAGUGGAACUGAGGUAAGAGAUGCUGAAGGUAAAGGGAUGCGGGAAGAAAUCUGCAGGUGUCCUGAGACAGGGGGAGCUAUUUCUAAAAUGACUUCCUCAGAGGAGACCGAGACUGACGAUGGAACCCACGGCCCUGCGAGAAAGAGGGUCCGGGUAAAGAAGGCAGAGUCACCUGUACCCAGCUGUCUGUCUAUGAAAAGUGAUCAUUCAAUGCAUCUUCCAUUCAGCUUCAGUGGAGAGUUCACAGGUGAUCAAAGGGUCCGGGUAAAGAAGGCAGAGUCACCUGUACCCAGCUGUCUGUCUAUGAAAAGUGAUCAUUCAAUGCAUCUUCCAUUCAGCUUCAGUGGAGAGUUCACAGGUGAUCAAAGGGUCCGGGUAAAGAAGGCAGAGUCACCUGUACCCAGCUGUCUGUCUAUGAAAAGUGAUCAUUCAAUGCAUCUUCCAUUCAGCUUCAGUGGAGAGUUCACAGGUGAUCAAAGGGUCCGGGUAAAGAAGGCAGAGUCACCUGUACCCAGCUGUCUGUCUAUGAAAAGUGAUCAUUCAAUGCAUCUUCCAUUCAGCUUCAGUGGAGAGUUCACAGGUGAUCAAAGGGUCCGGGUAAAGAAGGCAGAGUCACCUGUACCCAGCUGUCUGUCUAUGAAGAGUGAUCAUUCAAUGCAUCUUCCAUUCUGCUUCAGUGGAGAGUUCACAGUUGAUCAAAGGGUCCGGGUAAAGAAGGCAGAGUCACCUGUACCCAGCUGUCUGUCUAUGAAAAGUGAUCAUUCAAUGCAUCUUCCAUUCAGCUUCAGUGGAGAGUUCACAGGUGAUCAAAGAAUUCCCUGCUCACCGGAUUUAAGUCUUUUAGAUGAGGAGAGUUCAGAGAAAGUUUCCCCCAUAAAACAGUCUCUCCUGCGCACUCUAAUGAAGCUGAAGAAGACUGAAAAGUUGAAACUGUUUCAGAGCCAUCUGAGUCAGGGUUGCCCAGAAUGCUUUAAUAGUAGAAGAACAGAAGAUCCUUCUGUACUGGUUAAGCUUCUGAAGAUCAAGGAAGUGUUCAAGAGUCAUCAAAUUGUUGAUUACCCAGAAUGCACUGAGAGAGGGCAGGAGGAUCCUGAGGCCCCAUACAUAGUUGAGAAGAUGCUGGAGACCUGUGGCAUUGAGGGGUCUCUGAAGAUCACACUCCAUAUCCUGAGGACCAUGAAGAAGAAGGAUGCCACUGACCCACUGGAGAGAGAUGAGCAGCACAAUGAAUUCAAAGAAAGAGCCCAGCAGGCACUGAAAACUCAUCUGAAGAAGAAGUUUGAAUGUAUAUUUGAAGGUUUAGCAAAGCAGGGCCACCAGACCCUCCUCAAUGAGAUCUAUACAGAGCUCUACAUCACAGAGGGGGGAAGUGGGGGGGUCAAUGAUGAACAUGAGAUCAGACAGGUUGAGAUAGCAUGGAAGAGACAAACCACACAUGAGACUGCAAUCAUCUGCAAUGACAUCUUUAAGCCUUCACCUGGACAAGAGAAACCAAUCAAAACUAUGCUUACAAAGGGCAUCGCUGGCAUUGGGAAAACAGUCUCUGUGCAGAAGUUCAUUCUGGACUGGGCAGAUGGAAAAGCCAAUCAGGACAUUGAUUUCAUCUUCACUCUUCCUUUCCGAGAUCUGAAUCUGAAAAAGGAGAGAGAAUUUAGUCUCAUGGAACUUCUGCAGCAAUACUUUCCACAACUGAAAGAGAUCAAAAGUUUUGAAGAUGAUGAAGUCAAAGUUGUGUUCAUCUUUGAUGGUCUGGAUGAGUGUCGACUUCCUCUAGAUUUCCAAAGCAAUGAGAUUUGCUGUGAUAUAACAGAGUCAUCAUCAUUGGAUGUGCUGCUGACCAACCUCAUUAAGAGGAAUCUGCUUCCCUCUGCCCUCCUCUGGAUCACCUCCCGACCAGCAGCAGCCAAUCAGAUCCCUCCUGAGUGCGUCCACCAGGUGACAGAGGUACGAGGAUUCAAUGACCCACAGAAGGAGGAGUACUUCAGGAAGAGAAUCAGAGAUCGGAACAAGGCCAGCAAAAUUAUCUCUCACAUAAAGUCAUCCAGGAGUCUCUACAUCAUGUGUCACAUACCAGUCUUCUGCUGGAUUUCUGCUACUGUUCUGGAGACAAUGUUGGAUAAAGUGAGUGGAGACCUGCCCAAAACUCUGACUGAAAUGUACACACACUUCCUGCUCAUUCAGACUAAUGUGAAGAAUGAGAAGUAUCAUGGCACCAAUGAGACAACCCCAAAGAAAAUGUCAGCAUCAAAUACAAAAAUCAUCCUGAAACUGGGGCAGCUGGCUUUACGACAGCUGGAAAGGGGCAAUCUGAUAUUCUAUGAAGAGGACCUGAGAGAGAGUGGCAUUGAUGUCAGUGAAGCUUCAGUGUACUCUGGGGUGUGCACAGAGAUCUUUAAAGAGGAGUGUGGGUUGGGUGAGAAGAAGGUCUACUGCUUUGUGCAUCUGAGCAUUCAGGAGUAUCUGGCUGCCUUGUUUGUGUUUCAUUCAUGUGUGAAUAAGAAGAGAAAUGUACUCAGAGCAGAAGAAUCAAAACCUCGCAGACGCAGAGUCAGAGUGCAGCUGUCUGAGUUACACAGGACUGCAGUGGAUCAGGCCUUAGAGAGUAAGAAUGGACACCUGGACCUUUUCCUCAGAUUCCUUCUAGGCCUCUCUCUGAACUCCAUUCAGUCUCUAUUAGGAGGAAUACUGACAAAGAAAGGAAGCAGUUCAGAGAGCAUUGAGGGAACAGUCCAGUACAUUAAGAAGAAGAUCAAAGAAGAAACUUCAGCAGAAAGGACCAUCAAUCUGUUCCACUGUCUCAAUGAACUGAAUGACAACUCUCUAGUGGAGGAAAUCAAGAAUUUCCAGAGAUCAGGAAAACUCUCUAAUGAAAAGCUGGAACCACACCAAUGUUCAGCCCUGGCCUUUGUGUUACUGAUGUCAGAGGAGAUCCUAGAUGAGUUUGACUUGAAGACCUACAACACAUCAGCAGCAGGUUAUCAGAGACUGCUACCAGUACUUGUGAACUGCAGGAAGGCCAUACUGAACAGGUGUGACCUCACAGAGAAGUCCUGUGAAAUUGUGGCCUCUGCUCUCCAGUCAUCAAACUCACCCCUGAGAGAUCUGGACCUCAGCUACAAUAACCUGGGAGAUUCAGGAGUGAAGCUGCUCUGUGCUGGACUGAUGAGUCCAAACUGUAAACUACAGAGACUGGGCACAACAAUGAAAAGCAGGAUAAACCCUCAUGAGUCUUAGGGUUGCCAGGUUUGUGGUUCUUGACCAGAAUAUACGUUUCCAGUGGAG